GUAGCGUGUCGGUGGCUUGGUGUAUUGUUUCAGAGUCGGCGUUCUUCUGGCAAAGAAAAUAUAUGUUUGGAAAAUAAGUGCAAUUAUGACUGGACCUGGGUAUCCCUGACAAAGACUUCUGUCCAGUCUCGAGGAAAAUUAUAUUAAACACUGAGGAUUACCGAGUGCUUUAACAGUGACAUCGAGGAAACAUCUCAGUGAGUGACGAGAAACGGAAAUGAUGGAAAGUGUGACUGAUAGUUGUUUUGAUACGCCAAGGCACAAGAUUGAAUUCCGCUACUUGUGAGCCGUCUAGCACCUGUCUCCGCGCCCAGAACACCCAGACAACGGAGCUCGUGCAAGUGGAUAAUAUCUACCCAACGUGUGGAUGCUAAACUGAAAACAAGGACUCCAUAAAAGCGGGACAUAUUUUCCGGGCUAGUGGCGGCGAGGCCAGUUCCUAAAACCAUGGCGGUGCUUUGCGAGCGGCCGCCCGAGCUGCUCACUCCGCCCAACGUGAUCAUCACCCAAAACAAGAACCACAACCACAACAGCAUCAACAACAACGGCCACAGCAUGAGGGUCAGGCUUGUCGAGAUGCACGCCGGGCUGGUGAGCGUGAGCGAUGGCAAGUCCAAGCCCCAGCCCGUCAAGCUGAUCCUGACCUCGGACUCCCUGGUGCUGCAGCGGGAACAGCUCGUCAUCAGCACCAAGACGGUCGACAACAACGGUCCCGAUGCCAGGAUCCGGCGGGUGAAGGUGAUCAGGCAGAGGUCGUCCGGGCUAGGGCUAAGCAUCAAGGGAGGCGCUGAGCACAAACUUCCCAUCCUCAUCUCGCGCAUCUUCAAGGACCAGGCGGCUGACCUCACCGGCAAGCUCUUCGUGGGGGACGCAAUACUGAAGGUCAACAACCGCUCUCUACUGCGAUGCACCCACGACGAGGCGGUGGGUGAGCUGCGUCAAGCGGGCGACGAGAUCAUCCUCACCGUCAGACACUACAAGGCUGCUACGCCCUUCCUUAACAAGACCGAUGAUAAUAUGAGCUCAGCUUCAGAGAGGAGCAGUGCCCAACUAAGGCCGGAAGAUGGAUGGCACUCCCCUUCAAACCCGACUUCUCCCACGACUCCUACCGGGAAGAUCAGCAACCACAAGCUUUCCAAUAGUGAGCAGACCGAUUGUUCCACCACCGACUCUACCACAACCGUUUCCAUGAAGAGCACAACAAAUAAUCUAAAUAAGGUCAACAAUCGGGUGAAUGACGUCAUAUCGAACGGAGUCUCAUCCUCAACAACCACCACAGCCGCAUCCGCCACAUCCACCACGGCCUCAACGACAGACAACACCCCCAAUGGCCCCAAGGUUGAGAAGCAAUGGGUGGAUAUCGUCACAGUUCCCCUCAUGAUGGCAUAUAUCACGCGAUACAUCUUCGGGACGGACAAGUUGCGACCACAAGCCUUCGAGGUCCGAGGCAUCAAUGGCAUCAGCACCGGUGUGGUUCACUGCCAAGAUGCUGCCAUGCUGUCCCAGUGGAUCAAGCACAUCACAAACAACAUAAUUGGACUCACCAACCUUCAAAUGAAGUUGUAUAAUUCAAGUUUCCCCGCCUCAGAGCAUGUCCUAUAUAUGGGUUGGGUUUGCGAAGGCAUUCUCAACCACAACUUGCCGUGGCAGAACUGGAAACCCAAGUUCAUCGCUCUGAAAGGGACCGACAUCUACAUGUUCGACACGCCUCCUCUGAACACACAUGACUGGGUGGAGCGAGCCUCAGUGUGGGCUGUGCAUCAAACAAUGUUCAGGGUUAUUAAGGAGUCCGAGUACGUGGAUGAGCGCCAACACUGCUUCCUCUUGCAAACAGCCAUGCAGGAGUCGCGCUACCUGAGUGUGGAGACUCGUCAGGAUCUGCUCAGGAUUGAAAAUGCUUGGCACCGGGCUGUCUAUAAUGCCGUCACCAGACUUGGGAGCAAAACCUUCGCUGUGACUCAAGGAGGGAGGUCAUCAGGUUUGACCCUUGACUGGUCCGGUGGGUUUGCUCUAUACGACACGGAGACUCGAGAAUACCACUGGCGUUACAAGUUCUCCCAGCUCAAAGGUUCUUCUGAUGACAGUAAAACCAAGCUCAAACUCCACUUCCAGAAUGAGAACAAAGAAAUCGAGACUAAGGAGCUGGAGUGCGCCACCAACCUUCAAAACCUCCUCUUCUGCAUGCACGCCUUCCUAACAGCUAAGGUGGCAGCUGUUGACCCCUCCUUCCUACGAGCACCUCCAAAGACCCCUACGUAGUCCAACAUACCAGGUGUGUUAACCAGUAUUUUUCAGAAACCUUUUAUGAGUUUAAUGAAAUAAUGUGAGCUGUUAAUUUUGACAAGAGGAUAGCCCGUAUUUUUAAGCAACCUUUUAUGAGUUUAAUGAAAUAA